ACGGCGGCAGCGCGCGGGCUGCGGCGUUCCUCUGCGCGCUGAAAAAUCAUACUUUUCUGACAGAAUGGUGGUUUAUGAAGGACAAAUGAAGAGAAAAUGGGAAGAGAGAGUGAAGAAAGUGGAAGAACUAGCAGCUUACUAUGAAAGAAACCCUCUUCCUCCAGUUUAUAGACCAAAACUGUCCAAACCCUUUCAGCCAUCCUCUGUUUGGAAAAUAUUCUGUCGUCAGGGUGAAGCUUUCAAUUAUGUGAAAACCUGCAAAGAGGACGUCCAUGUUUUUGCCUUGGAAAAGAACACACAGAGUGGACAGAGGUUUUACCUUGUGACAACGUAUAAAGAGCUUUGGUUUUAUUACACCAUAGGUUAUAAAACGAGUCUUAUGCAUUGCUAUGAAGUCAUUCCUGAAAAAGAGGCUUGCAAACUUUAUUUUGAUUUGGAGUUCUACAAACCAGCAAAUCCCCGUGUGGAUGGCAAGAGUAUGGUUGCAAAAUUAAUUGAGCUUGUCAGCCAAAAAUUAAAAGAACUUUAUGAUGUAAGUUGUUCAGCCAAAGAUGUCUUGAAUUUAGAUUCCAGUACUGAUGAAAAAUUUAGUCGACACUUAAUAUUUCUACCCCAAAAGACCGCAUUUAAGGAUAAUAUUCAUGUUGGUAACUUCGUGAGAAGCAUUUUGCAGCCUGCUGUGAGGUUACUGAAGAGCAAAGCUGCUGUUGUGACUCCAGAAGGAGGAGCAGGAGAUGUUCUCCAGUGUUCUGCAGAGGCAGCUGGGUUAGAAGGUUCUCUUACAAACCUGGCAGCCAUCAAAGAUGCUUCUGAAGGGUGGGCAGCCAUUGCCCAUGAAACAAAGGACACGGAAACAUCACACCAGGGAGAAAAUUCAGAAUUUGCCUUUCUAAUAGUAAAUGGUAAAGAUGGAGACAAGCAACUUUUUGUGGAUCUAGGAGUUUAUACAAAGAACAGAAAUUUCCGGAUGUAUAAAUCAUCAAAAGCAGGAAAAAAUGUGAUUCUGAAGAUAGCAGAGGAUAAUCAGUUUGUCCCUCACUGCGAAGAGAAUGUUUCCUUGGAAGAAGCCUAUUUUCUUUCUUCCUUGAUCUGCAAUAUUAGAACGAGGGAUGACACACGCAUGCUGUCAUCUGGCUUUCCUGAGGAGAGAAGAACAUCUGCUAUUUUAAACAGGGAAACUCCCAGAAGCAGUAGAGAUCCCAUGGAAGGUUAUCAGGAGUCACCAUAUCCAGAAAUUGAUCAUUUUGUUCAUUCUUUGGUUAAUAAAGACGGGGUGCAAGGAGGGAUACGGCGAUGGAAUUACUUCUCUCUGGAAGAAAUACUUGUAUACGAUAUUUCUGGUUAUCGUUGGUGUGAAAAUAUUGGAAGAGCUCACAAAAGUAACAACAUAAUGAUUCUGGUAGACCUAAAGAAGGAAGUUUGGUAUCAGAAGUGCCACGAUCCUGUCUGCAGAGAACAAAACUUCAAAUCACAAAGUUUCCCAUUACCACCUCGGCUCUGUCUCCCUUUUCUUUUCAAAGAGGAAGAAGAGUUUGCAUUGGUGGAUGAAAGGGGGAACUCAGAAGAGAAACCAGAGCCACAUUCUAAGGCAUUAGACUUGUCAGAAAGGUCAGUCUCUCUAGAAAAAAGCUUCCUGUGGUCAGACAGCGAGUGGGACGACGCAAGCGAUGACGCCUGUUUCCUCGAAGCUACCGAUGACGUGGAACUGGCUGAAGCUGCAGAUGACAGUCUGAAUGAAGCCAUGGAAGAAAUUCCUGAUGAAGUUCUUCUGGAAGCUUUAGGGCAGCAGGACCCUUGCGUUGAAGGUGGCAGGUGACCACAGACCUGGCUGGCAAAGGGACGGCCAGUGACAAAACCUGCUUUAACCGAAGGUGCAUAUCGCCUGCCUCCUGCCAAAGGCACUGCCACAGAGGCCAAAAAUGCUCUUCCAGAGCUGGAAGACAAAGAACUGAGCAACAAGUAUCCUCACAACUGCAUGACCUUCAACAAGCAGGAGGGGAUUGUGGAGGAUUACAUGGGGCUGAAGGGUACUGGACUGAAAACUCCUCACAAAUGAUGCUCCAGGUUUAGCACUUUUAACCCCCACCGCUGUACAGCUUCUGGUUCCUUAGCUGUACCUCUGAGUUUUAAUGAGAAGCCAAGUAAAAUAGAUCUCUUUACUUCCAGAAACGGGAGGAAAUUUUUUAUUUCAAAUACAAAUGUAAUAAAAAUAUUUAUCUAUUAAUAGUUCAA